AUGGAUAAUAACUCUGAGUCUGUUGUUGAUGUUACUUCUAAUCCUGAAGAUUCUAUUAACAAAAGGAAGCCUAUCCAUAAAAUAUUAAAUCCAUAUACGUUAUCGGCAUUAGCAGUGGGAAAUGUAGUUUGGGGCUAUAAUAUUUUCAGAAGAAUAAAUAAAUUGUUGAACAUUAGAUAUUCUAAUCCAGUCAACCAAAUAAGAAGACCGGAAUCACUGGCUAACAGACUCAUCGCAUUCAAAUACUUUUGUAUUGGAGGCUCAAUCGUACCAAUUGUGUCCCUAGCAUAUGUAUUGUAUAACAAAAACAGGCUUAAACUUUCAGGAAACUCAGACGAUGCUAAGGAUGAUAAACAAAUUUUGAAAAACAUUAACACUAUUAUGUCAGAAUAUGCCAACAACGCAGGAAUAAGACUUGAAAAUUUAUCAAACGGAUUGAAGGAAUUAGUUCCAGAAUCAAACUUGAGAGGUAUGGGCCUCGAUUUAAAAAAGGAUAUAAACAAACUAAGGUAUUUUUAUUCCUCAUCAUUCCCUAUAGGUCCUGGUUAUCUAAUAUUUUCUAGCCUAUAA